GGUGAUGCUUCGAGGCUGACCAGGUGCGCACGCCCGGCCCUCGUAGCUGCACAUCGAGCAAAAAGCCGUUCCACAAUUUUUGUCAGAAGGCUUCACGCUAAAUGAGGAAGACGUGCGCAACUCUGCGGUCCCCGGCGAGCUAGGGGUGGUGCGGCAUGGAGAUGCGAAGAGCCGCGACUCCUCGGAACACAAAUUGAAGCAGCGACUGCAUCGCCUGAAUCAAGAAAAGGAACGGCAAGGUACACCCACGACACCUGGGGACACCUCCUAUUCAUCCAUCGGUGGGUUGUCCCCGACACAGUUGCUGCCACCUUCCAUGUCGCCGUCCAAGCUUCCGCCUCAGUAUGCGGUGCGGCCACAGCCGCCUCUUCCGCCACCGCAUCAGCAGCUGAAGCAGAUGCAACGCCAGAAGUCGGCCACACAGACGCCUCAACCGCAUACGACCACCGUGGUCGGCGCUCAGCCCCAGCGUCUCCUGCCAGUGCCAUCUCCUCAGAUGAUCCACGGCGCAGGGCCAUCCCCCUACCCUGCGCACACAUCCAUACUGCCGCCAGGCGUGCAAUUCCCUCCUGUCCCUGGCAUCGGCCCUCCAUUUUCGCAUCCCACUACAUUCCCGACCGGUUCACUUCCCUUUGGGCAGUCGCCCAUCGGAGGAUCGGCGUCGCAACCAGGAUCAUACCCAUCAACACCAAUGCAUGGGUUUCCACACUUUGGGCAGCAACGACCGGGCAUGUUGCCGCCAGGCUUUCCAUCCCUGCAUGGCUACGGCGCUGGGCCAUCCGGCUUGGCGCAUGCGAUGUCAUUUUCUUCGCCCCAGGCCACCCCCGGCGCGCCUGGCUACGCGCCUUUUGGUACUCCCGGGCAUCCCGGAAUGGCAAGUCUGUCCAUGGAUCAGGAUGUCCCGCCUCCAGAGGAAGUGCAAGCACAAGCGCCGCCGCCAGCACUCAGACCAGCAUCUUACUUCGCACAGAUCAUCAAUCCUGUCGUACCAUGGGCGCUGAACGGAAUCCGUCGACCGCACGCCAUUCCUUUCUUCUUGAUCGACGUGCAAUGGCGACAGGUUGGAGCCCCGCGGACUCUCGAAAAGUACACCGCAGAAAUCGUCCACGAGACCAUCGUUGUCGACAGCAGCCGCCUCAAGCAGCACAUGAUUCGGGUGCGCAAAGGGCAACACGUGGCAACACGGCGGCGACAGCCUGGGAAGCUUGAAUUGGCCUCUGUGAAGAUCCGGUUUGUGCUCCGCGAAUUCGACGACCCUGAUGCACAGACGCCCAUCAGCGAGCGGCCGAAGUCCAACGGACCGGGAGGCGAGGAUGACAACAACAGCAUUGAAUGCCUGAAUGCCCAGGACCCAGCCGAGCAUCGCAACAAGCUUGACUUCCUAGUGAAUGUGAUGCAGGACGGUGCGCAGGUCGGCAAGCUUAGGCGCGGCGUCAUAGAAGCGCCCGGCGAGAUCAACGGCACUCAUGAGAAAGUAGAGCGAGACGGAGUACAGAAUAGCUGGGCGUCAAUCGUCUUUGAGCCUAAGCUAAAGGUGGGGCUUAACACCAUGGACAUCGAUGUUGAACCGUCUCCACCGUGUCCCGAGCUGUGCGCACUAAUCGUAGAUGAAAGCGCGCCCGUAGAGCUGCGAGAUAGGGCAAAGGUGCUCAAGCUGCUCAAGGAGAGAUACAGGCUCUUUCUGUAUGUAUAGUCGCUCUCAAUUGGUACUCAACACGCAAAUGCAUUACAAAG